UUCCUGCUCGCAGACCCUCCCCCUUUACUCGCAGUCCCCCCCCCACACCUUCCCGCAGCUGGAACACGUUGGGCACUGGUGUGUGCAGGGUGGCUGGAAGCUCAGUAUCCAGACUACUGAAGAGGUGGAGGUGAAGGUGGAGGUGGAGGAGGAGGAGGAGGAGGAGGGAGGCAAGGGGGCAUUCGACUCAGCUCGGGCCGGCAGAAGAAGGGCAGCCACACUUUCCAUCAAAGCUUUAGCUGCUGGAAGCUCAUGAAGAAUGAAUUCAUUUCAGCCCAGCUUUUGGAAUACCACCUCUAACCCUUUGAACCUAUCCCAAAGCAGAGAGUUCUCUUACCAGAGCAUCAGUAUGGCAGAAACAAUCAUCCUUCCUUCCUUGAUUGGAAUUCUCUGCUCCACAGGCCUAGUAGGCAAUAUUCUCAUUGUGUUCACUAUAAUAAGGUCUAGGAAAAAAACAAUCCCAGACAUAUAUAUCUGUAACCUGGCUGUGGCUGAUUUGGUCCAUAUAAUUGGAAUGCCUUUUCUUAUUCAUCAAUGGGCCCGAGGAGGAGAGUGGGUAUUUGGGAGUCUUCUGUGCACCAUCAUUACCUCACUGGACACCUGCAACCAAUUUGCAUGCAGUGCAAUCAUGACUGUAAUGAGUUUGGACAGGUACUUGGCUCUCGUCCAGCCAUUUAGGCUUACCACUUUGAGAACAAGGUCGAAGACCAUCCGCGUCAAUUUGUGCCUUUGGGUAGCUUCAUUUACUCUGAUGUUGCCUGUCUGGAUCUACUCAAAAGUCAUCAAAUUCAAAGAUGGUUUUGAAAGUUGUGCUUUUGAUUUAGCAUCUCCUGAUGAUGUGCUUUGGUACACACUUUAUUUGACUAUAACAACAUUUUUUUUCCCUUUGCCCUUGAUUUUGGUGUGCUAUAUUUUAAUUUUAUGUUACACCUGGGAGAUGUACCAGCAAAACAAGAAAGCAGGAUGUUGUAACCCUAACAUUCCCAGGAAAAGAGUUCUGAAGUUGACAAGAAUGGUUCUGGUGCUGGUGGGGGUGUUUGUCCUGAGUGCCACACCUUAUCACGUGAUCCAGCUAGUAAACCUGCAGAUGGCACAGCCAACACUGACUUUCUAUGUGAGCUAUUACCUCGCUAUCUGCCUCAGCUAUGCCAGCAGUGGAAUCAACCCCUUUCUCUACAUCCUGCUGAGUGGCAAUUUCCAGAAACGCCUGACUCGGUGUAUCCGUGUCCAAAGGAAGACAACUGAGAGGGAAAUAAACAAUAUUGAAAACACACUGAAAUCAAGCUCUUAGUGGGUGACCCUGGCUCACUGAGGGAAUUGAAAUGCAUAUUGGCCUAGAUAAGGCUCAAUUCUGGAGGUAUAUAGAGUGGGCCCAAUAGAAUGUAGUAGUAACCUUAUUCUUGUGCAAGUAUGACACAAUGUCAUAAGUCAUUAAUGAAACAGGUCAAAUGUAAUGAGUUCAAUGUGUUCAUUGUAGAUAAGAUUUUGUUCUCUAUUUGGAGGCAGGAGUUACAUUAAGAUGCCUGGAGUUUCCAGUAGUUUGUGUUUGUUAUUAGCAACCUGUAACACCACACCACCACAGAUUGCCAACUAUCUAAGUCACCCGGCCACAUAGCCUUCUGCACUAUAGCCUCCCCAUAGCUGCCCUCAAGGUCCUUGCCAUGGACUGCCUUUCAAUGAGGUCCUAUUAGUACUUAAGUAUCUGAGCCCCUUUUAAGAAGGGACCUUAUACUCAUUUCCUCACUGUAUUACCUAGUGUGUAGUGAGGCCCCAGGGUGCUUUGGCUUCUUCUGCUCUUUUUUUUUUCUUUAGUAUUAAGACAAAAACUAACAAAACAAAGUUGAAUUAUCUCCACUAUGUGCUUCUGAGUCUAGCUUAAAAGUCUAGCGUUGAAAUCUCUAAGUCUAGAACCUAGAGAUUCUAGUGUUUUAAGACUUUAAGACCUAAUACAAGAGGUUACAAGUAUAUUUUGUAGUUUAAUAACUUGCUAUUGUUUAUUCUCAUUGUUUUUUGUUGUUGUUCUUGUACUUUCAAUCCAUGGGAAAUGAGUAGCGCACUGUAGUGUUUCCCUCAGAUUGUUAACCCAACACCCAACAUAUAGUCUUCAUAUUAAGGAGCAUGACUAUAUAAACAGAGUCAAAGGUAUAUCACUUUCAAAUCACAGGCAUUCCUUACAGACCAUUUCUUCUCUUACUGUACAUAUAUAUGUACACAUAUACACAUAUAUGUAAGUAUGCAUAUGCAUAUGUAUAUGUAUGUAU